AAAUCAACAAGAUGUCCGAGUAUUGGCUUAUUUCAGCCCCUGGCGAUAAAACAUGCCAGCAAACGUUCGACACCAUGAACAAUCUCACCAGCAAACAAAAUAAUCUAUGCAACAAUUAUAAGUUUCAUAUACCCGACUUGAAGGUGGGUACACUCGAUCAAUUGGUCGGUCUCUCCGAUGAUUUGGGUAAAUUAGAUACUUACGUGGAGCAAAUUACGCGCAAAGUUGCCGCCUAUUUGGGUGAGGUGCUCGAGGAUCAACGCGAUAAGUUGCACGAAAAUCUACUCGCCAACAACAGUAAGUUCAUAUGUAAUUACAUACAUACAUGCAUUUAUUUUUAUUACGUUUAUAAAUAUUAACUAUGUAGUUUGUAA